ACUAGACUAAUAUUUUAAUAGCUCUCAGCUAAUGAUUAAUUAAUUUGUUGUAUCCAGAACGUCCUCGCUUUACUACUCCUGUCAAUAUAUUGACGCCUAUCAAUGAGGGAUCAAGUCUGUGCAUCCGAUGUUCAGCAGCWGCAGAUCCUAUGCCCAACGUAACGUGGGUACGAAUUAUAAAGAAUCCAAAAUUUAUCAGUGGUCGAGUUGGUGAAGCAUUUCUCAGAUUCACCAACAUCACGAGACACCAACUUGGAACAUACGAGUGUCAGGCUACGAAUAAUCCAAACGAGGAUCCAGUUACAACGACGACCGUAAUCUCAGUAAAAUACCCUGUAGAACCAGCGAAUAUCUUCGUUUCAGACAUCAAAGCAACUUCUGCAGUGAUCAAGUGGGACAGUCCCGUUGAUGAUGGAGGGAGCCCUGUCAUAGAGUACAAAGUGCAAAUCAACACAAUUCCACCGAGAGAGGUUAUAACCGAAAAUACAUAUUGCUUAACCAAUGAUCUUAAUGAGAAUACAACAUAUGAUGUGAAGGUGUAUGCACGAAACGCAGUUGGGUAUGGGAAGGCAGUAUGCACUGAGUUUACAAGUAAAGAACCAAAAAGGAAAGGUACGUUCAUACAAGGGCGCUAG